CUAGCUUUCGUACACUUUUUCAGCAUAGAGAUCUCGUUGGCAUGCGCGCAGGCCGGAAGGUAGCGUGGCGCCGAAUCGCCGACACGCCGGGCCCCAGGAUUGCGGCCGGUCAUCGCAUCAACCGGUGACGGGUAUAUAAAGCAGGGGAAGGCUUCAAGGUCCUCGACAUCCAGGACUGUCCCUUCGCCGAACAAUCAACAUCGUCGCAUCGUCAUGAAGAUCAAGUCCGUACUCCUCUCUCUAUGGACCUUCGCCGGUCUCGUGUCCGCCGCUCCCGCUGACGGAGUCUGGUCCGAUGUGAUCCCCCUUCCCCUCUCUCCAAUCUCAGGCGCCGUUAGUCCUACAGGCGAACUCCUCAUGUGGAGCGGCAACGCCCCCGGCGGGUGGAUCCACAAUUUCAAGGACCCAAACGGAAACCGUACAUACUACUCCGUCUUCAGCGUGGAUGACUUCCUUGGGAGGAGACCCAUCGCUCUUCAAGUUGCCUUCACGACAGAGAUGUUCUGCCCUGGGACGAGUAACCUCCCCAAUGGAGAAAUUCUCGUCAACGGAGGUUCGGGACCUUUCGCCACUAUCGUGUUCGACCCGCGGACCAAGACGUUCAGGAACACUCCCAUGAUGAAGAUUGCGAGAGGCUACCAGGCUAAUGUGGUCACGACCGGGGAUAAAGUGUUUACCGUCGGGGGUUCGUUUCCAAGGUUGUACGGUGACUACUGGUUAGGUAACAGGGAUGGUGAACUUAUGGACGCCAACUUCCAAUGGACUGUUCUCCCCGCCGUGAAAGGCGAUAUAAUUGGCGGAAUGGAGAAUGGUUCGCCGAACCCGGAUCCUCAAGGAAUCUACCGGUCGGACAACCACGCUUGGCUCUUCAGUUACAAAAACAACGUCGGUGAAGACAUGGUCUUCCAUGCGGGUCCAGUGACAAAGAUGCAUCUCAUCAACACCAACAGAAACACGAUGGUGCCGAUCGGAGCCCGCGGGACGGACACGUACAGCAUGAACGGAAACGCUGUCCACUACUCCCCCAGUCGAAUUUUCAAGAGCGGAGGCGCUAUCGCGUACGGCGACCUUGCCAGCAGCGUCGGACUUCCUACAAAGCGGGAGGCAUAUCAAAUCAGGAUUGACAAGUUGCCUACCGGCGGACUUCCGUUCGUGAGGCCACUUGCCAACAUGGUCAACCCGAGAGCGUUCGCUCAUAGUAUCGCAUUGCCUGGCGGACAAAUCUUUAUCGUCGGGGGACAGACCAACCUGCAUCUGUUCGAGGACACAAAUGGCGUCCUUGCUCCCGAGCUUUACAAUCCGGCCACCAACAGUUAUCAGGUUCUGGCGCCUAUGAAGGUGGCGAGGAACUACCACAGCGUCGCGUUGUUGACGAAAUAUGGAACCAUCUGGGUCGGUGGUGGUGGUGCUUUCCCUAACGCCUGUACCGUACCCGGUCAAGCACCUUGUAGUCCCAACGUUCACUUCAACGGAGAGGUCUUCACCCCUCCCUACCUCUCCCAGGGCCAGAUCCGCCCCGUCAUCCGCGGCGUGUCGGGCGUGGACGCACCUUACGGCAAACUCUACAAACUCGGCACCGACCUCACGGUGCAAGCGACAGACUGUUCCGGAAAAUGCACCUACGAGCUCAUCAGGAUCGCGUCCGUCACCCACUCGACCAACAACGAUCAACUCCGAGUCCCGCUACAGGUCAAGACUAGGGCGCCCGCCGGAGACGUUAUGGCGGUUUGGGUUACGGACCACCCCUUCAUCAUGUCCGGCUACUAUUACCUUUUUGCAAUCGGGCAGAAUGGAGCGCCGUCCGUGGCAGCCACUGUGCAGCUGCUGAGGUAGUGUUCCCCAACCCUGUUCGUCCCGAUUCGGGCUAUCGAUGGCUGUGCGUGUCUUCUGUUCUGUUUCUCCUUGCUUCGUUUUCCGUCA